CGACCAGACGCCCUGGACCUGGCUGGCCUGGACUACCUGAUCCUGUCGGGCCGCGUCAUGAGCCAGCUGGCGGCCCAGGACACGGACCAGGGCUACAACGACGGCCUGUCGGCGGUGGGCGGCAGCAGCGGCGUGGAGGCGGUGCUGACGCCGGCGCUGGCGGCGCAGGCGGAGGUGAAGCAGUGGCCCGCGCUGACGGAGCCGGUGUGGAAGAGCGAGCUGGGCCCCGCCGCCACCGAGCUGCUGGCGGCGGCGCUCAAGCUGCGCGCCAACGACGUCACCGAGCUCAAGAAGCUGCUGGCCAGCCGCUCCUCGGCAGCCGACUAAUGUGUGUGGUCGCUAUGGCAUGUGCUGGGCCGGAGCAGCCGACUAAUGUGUGUGGUCGCUGUGGCAUGUGCCGGGCCGGAGCAGCCAACGGAUGUGGUCGCGGACCACCAAGCCUGCGUUACGCCGGAGGAGGAAGGCGCGCAGGUUCUGGCGGCACUGCUUGCGGCGCUGGCGUGGGUGGCGGAGGUGGCUGGGCUAGGCUGAGCUGAGCUGAGCUGAGCUGGGGUACUGGUGCGCCCAAGGGCUGAAUCGGAUGAGCGGGAUUCCUUCUUGGCGAGGACCAGGAGGGGCGCCGUGUGUGCGUUCCUACCGAGUGUGCCGCUUUGUCGCGUUGACUUGUGUGCGCUUCCGUAUCACGGCGGGCUUUCGGACGUGAAGCAAACUAAGUGGGAUAAUGUGUUGCGUUGGGAGGAGGCGGAGCGAGCUCAGUCCCGGAUACUGGCAGGGCCGCUGCAAACCGCCUGGGGGUUGUUGUUUGAGUGAGCGCGUCUUGCCCUCUCGUUGCACAUUGUUGACCGUUGUUGCGCAUUAUGGGACGCACGUCAGGAGGUGGAACAAUGUCUGUUGGAGCUUUGGAUCGCCGCGAAUGCAUCAAAGUAGUCUUUCCACAGCAGGUGCUGUUUCCGGACAGAAUAAGACAUGCCGGCAGCCUAUGCAGACGCGAGGCAUGAGGCAUGCAUCAGACGUUGCUGCAGCCGUGCAGCGGUUAGGUGCGCCUCGCUACAUGGCAGGGUGGCACUCGUAGCACGGUAGCGAGGUGUACAAGCGAGUGGUGGCGGCGGUGUCAAGUGGCAUGUGAAGUCACGCCUCCCGCUGCUGCACUCCUCUGCUGCGCACACGCGGGUCCUGCAGGAUGCUGGGGCUAGCCGCCGGAGUAAGCUGGCCGAGUAUGGGCAAUUAAGCACCCAGCUCCGCGGGGCAAGUACAGGCAGCGACAAUGGACAAGUGUUCCCCAGUCACGGGAAAAGUGGGCUGAGCGCCUGAGCCCACGCCACGUCUCAAGAGAUCUGCGGCCGCAAGCG